AUGGAACACUGGCAUUAUGUGGAAACUACGUCAUCGGGUCAACCUCUACUUCGAGAAGGCGAAAAAGAUAUCUUCAUCGAUCAGUCUGUAGGCCUCUACCAUGGCAAAUCAAAGAUUCUGCAAAGACAGAGGGGCAGAGUAUUCUUAACAUCGCAAAGGAUCAUUUACAUCGAUGAUGCAAAGCCCACUCAGAACUCGCUUGGGUUGGAAUUGGACGACCUAGCAUAUGUAGACUAUUCCUCUGGCUUCUUGACCAGAUCACCUCGUUUGAUUCUGUUUUUCAAGGACUCCUCCAGUAAGGAUGAACUUGAUAAAAAUGCGGAUACAGCAAGUGCCGAUAUCGUUUCCACGUGGGUCUGCCCCAUCUGUAUGGUUUCGAACGAAACGCUGGGGGAAUUCACCAAGGACACUCUACCUGCGCCCAUUUGUAUUAAUUGCGGUGUGCCAGCGGACUAUGAACUCACCAAGUCUUCUAUAAAUUCUUCUAAUACAACAGACCCGAAUACAAGCUCAGGUAGUCGAUCCGGAGUAAACUCUGAGAAUAUUUGCCCCGCUUGUACUUUUGCUAAUCAUCCUGAAAUAGGAAAUUGUGAGAUUUGCGGCCACAGAUUGCCUAACGCAUCCAAAGUACGAUCAAAACUGAGCAAGUUGAAAACCUUUCACGACUCUAGAAUCCAUAUUGAGUUAGAAAAAAAUUCACUGGUUAGAAGCAAGAGCUCGCAUUCGCCGUCAUCGUCCUCACUUUCUACAGCAUCAUCCACAGAGUUCGUGCAACUGAGUUUCCGUAAAUCUGAUGGUGUUUUGUUUUCACAAGCCACAGAGAGAGCUUUGGAAAGUAUACUUACUGAGAAGAAUAAACAUAUUUUCAAUCAAAAUGUAGUUUCUGUGAAUGGUGUAGACACGAGAAAGGAGCCGAACCCCCACGAGUACAAUAAUGGCAUGCCAUUCAUAGAGACUAAAUUGAGCAGAAUUGGCAUAGCAAGCUUGGAAAAGUCUAGAGAGAACCAGCUUCUGAAUAAUGAUAUUCUCUUCAACAAUGCGUUGACCGACUUAAAUAAGCUGAUGUCGUUGGCCACCAGUAUCGAGAGAUUAUACAAAAAUAGCAACAUAACGAUGAAAAAUAAAACAACGAACUUCCAGGACGAAUCAACCUCAAGUGAAACAAAAACGAGGAGACCGCUAUUAAUACUUGAUAGAGAGAAGUUCCUAAAUAAAGAGCUGUUUUUGGAUGAAAUCGCGAGAGAAAUUUACGAGUUCACGCUGUCCGAGUUUAAAGAUUUGAACAAUGACAAUAGCAAUACCAACUAUAUGAUCAUAACUCUGGUAGACCUAUAUGCAAUGUACAAUAAAUCUAUGCGUAUAGGCACAGGCCUAAUAUCUCCCAUGGAAAUGAGAGAAGCAUGCGAAAGAUUUGAGGAUCUGGGUUUAAAUGAAUUGAGAUUAGUGAAGGUUAAUAAGAGGAUUCUAUGUUUAACAAGCGAAAAGUUCGACGUUGUAAAAGAAAAGCUAGUAGAUCUAAUUGGUGAUAAUCCUGGUUCUGAUCUCUUAAAAUUGACGCAGAUUUUGAGUUCCAAUAAUUCAGAAUCAAACUGGACCUUAGGUAUCCUUAUGGAGGUAUUACAAAAUUGUGUCAAUGAAGGUGAUUUACUGAUAGACAAGCAACUGAGUGGGAUUUAUUAUUAUAAAAACUCUUAUUGGCCCUCUCAUAUAUAA